AUGACACCUGCCCACGGAAAAGACAAAAUCCCACCUGCUCACGGAAAAGACAAAAUUCCACCUGCCCACGGAAAAGACAAAAUCCCACCUGUCCAUGGAAAAGAUAAAAUACCACCUGCCCAUGGAAAUGACAAAAUGCCAUCUGCCAAUAAAGGAAAUGAAUUCCAUCAGUCAGUUGCAAUUACAGUUAAGACUGGGGAGGUCAACGAUUUGAAUCAGCAUGUAUGGACCCUUCAGGGUGAGACCCUUGUGGCAUUUCCACGGAGUGACAGUGUGGCUCCAGUCACUAUCACUGUUAUGGUGUGUAGGUAUCCAGAGACUCUUGAGAAAGGCAAAGGGGAUCCUAUUUAUUUGGGAAUCCAGAACCCAGAAAGGUGUCUGUGCUGUGAGGACGUUGGAGGACAGCCCACAUUGAAGCUGAAGGGACAGAAUAUCAAGGAACUGACUGACCAAGACAAGCCUGUGAAGCCCUUCCUUUUUUACCGGGCUAAGACGGGUAGGACCUCCACUCUCGAGUCCGUGGCCUUCCCUGGCUGGUUCAUUGCCACCUCCAACGGAGGCAAGCCUAUCUUCCUUACUUCAGACCUGGGGAAAUCACACAACACUGCUUUUGUUUUAAAUAUACGGGACUGA